AUGUCUGGACGUCGACGCUCCGGUAGCUUUCCCGUUUCUGUGUUCGACGGGGAUUUGGACAGGAUGUGUCAGUCAGAAACAACGGAUGACGAGGUUUCUGACGAGUCGGACUCGUCAUUUGUCGACGACGCGACGGACAGCGAGGAAUAUCUUCCCGUGAGUGAAGACAGCGAUGACUCCACGCUCCCUCUUUCACCUCAGCAUCAUUCUGUAUCACCUGCUUCAUCAUCUCCUGCUACUUGUCUUGCUUUUUCGUCAUCGCUGUCAACACCACGUCCUCGUCAACAACGUCAGCAUCCGAAUCUUCACACACAACCAGAUCAUCGUCGGCCUGAUCCUUGCAAUUCGUUGGAUUCUGAGUCUGAGCCAGCUGCACCUGUUGAUCGCCGCACUGAUCCACUGGACAUCCAGGCUUUGCCUCAUUAUCCACCUGAGGAUAAUUAUCAAUUCAACUUGCCUCAAUUUCAACCAUUGAGACAACCUGGAUUCUACCCUCCCGAAGAUUAUCCAACCGACGCCCUCGGCUGCUUCAAACUCUUCUUCACCGAUGAAAUGCUAGAAACUAUCAGAACAAACAGCAACAUCAACGGUGAAGAUAGUUGCAAAAAUGCAUACCGAGGAAGAUCAGGAGGACGCCGAGGGGAAGGGAGAUUUCAUCCAGUAACGCUUGCAGAGAUGAACUCAUUCUUAGGGCUCGUGAUUUACAUGGGAAUUGUAAAGGUCCCCAAGCUCUCUGAAUACUGGUCCACAUAUUUUCCAUUUCACGGAUUGUGGGCCAGAAGGUUCAUGUCUCGCAAUCGUUUUUGCACGAUCCUAUCGGUCCUACAAGUGGAGAAUCCUCACACCGACAAGGACCGAGAGGUUGAUCCAUUGAGGAAUGUACGCAGUCUAGUCGACGCUAUACAUCACAAUUGUAUGCUCUAUGGUCAGCCUCAUGCUCGUGUCUCGCUUGACGAACGAAUGGUCAAGGCUAAAGGCCGUUUUAGCUUUAGGCAGUACAUGAAAAACAAGCCUGUCAAGCAGGGAGUGAAGUUGUAUUGCGUAUGCGAUAGCAUAUCGGGCUACACAUACAACUUCGAGAUCUACACGGGCAAGGAGACGUGUCAAUCAUCAGUGGCGGCGACAGCAGCAACAACUACAACAGCAACAGCAGCAACAACAACAGCAGGAACAACAUCAGCUGCUACGACAACACCAUCAGCUGGCUCGGCUCGGAAGCGACGGAAAACGACACAUCAGACAGCGGAUGACACAAGCGUGAUCCAUCGUACAGUCAUGCGAGCUUUACAGUCGGGGUACAAUGGCCUGUGGUACAGUCCAGAUAAACAGGAAGGGUGUUCCUGA